AUGUUUCCUCGGCGCGUGGUCCUACCUCGCACGACCAGCAGGUCAAUCUUGCUGAUGCAGCUCAGGAGGUUCGCCUCCAAGAACUUCUCACCUUCGGCCCCGAGCAUCAGCAAGGGAAUGAGAUAUACUGCGAUUACCGGUGUCGUCGCCGCGCCAUGCCUUUGGUGGUUGACAAGUACCCACGACGAUGCGCCAAGUCUACAGAGUCCGCCCACCCAGCAGCUCUUCAGUGAGCCAGGCCCUUCUGGAGACCAGGUCACGCAGAUGAUAUCGCAAGGCGCAUAUUCUGUUCGUGUCAAAAGCAUUUCCGGGGUCACCAGAUACGAUGGCACUCAAUUUGGCUCCAACCCCCUGUGCGAGGAUCGCUUCAUCCAUGGCAAAUUCCCUUCGCCAUGGGAUGAUGGCAACCAGUGGAUGACCUGGGCUGUUUUCGACGGACAUGCCGGUUGGCAGACAGCAGACUUACUAGAGAAGCAACUCCUGCCCCAUGUACGACACAGCUUAAGCCAAGUCAAGUCGGCAUCAAUCGGAGGAUCCGUACCUGACGAAUUCAUCCGGCGCGCUAUUACGACAGCGUUUAUUAAGCUCGACGAUUCUAUCAUCAAUGCAGCUCUGGACACGGCUCAGAGUAAGGAACCGCUGCAAGACAAGAUCAAGAAACUGGCUCCGGCUUAUGCCGGUUCAUGCGCUCUGCUAUCAUUAUAUGAUCCUGUCACAAGCAAUCUGCAUGUGGCAUGCACUGGAGAUUCCAGAGCAGUUUUGGGACGAAAGGGGCCAAACGGCAAGUGGGAGGCGAUACCCUUGUCGGUAGACCAAACCGGUAGCAACAAGGAAGAAAUUGCCAGGCUCAACAAGGAGCACCCUGGAGAAGAAAACGUUGUCAAGAAUGGUCGCGUUUUGGGGAUGAUGGUCUCGCGAGCUUUUGGCGAUGGUCGGUGGAAGUUUCCUUUGGACUUUCAGCUCGACUCGGUGCGGAAAUUCUACGGUGUACCGCCUUUGACCCCGACCGACGACUUUCGAACUCCUCCAUAUCUGACCGCCGAGCCUGUUGUGACAUCCACCAAGAUCGAUCCCAGCACACAAACGUUCUUGAUCAUGGCCACAGACGGCCUGUGGGAUAUGCUCUCCAGUCAGCAGGCCGUUGAUCUGGUGGGCCAGUGGGUAGAUUCACGGGGGGUGCCAGGGGACAACAACAAACCGGAGGCAACUUACGAACCAUUCGAUUUUGGUCAAUUCUGGAAGGGAGUGAACUGGAAGUUUAUCAAGCGUAGGACGACGAACCAAGAUGACAACGCCGCCGUGCACCUUACGCGUAACUGCCUUGGCGGAAACCAUCAUGAGUUGAUCGCAGGCCGGCUAGCCUUCAGCCCUCCGUUUUCCCGGCGUGUACGAGAUGAUAUUACUGUGCAGGUUGCUUUCUUUAACUCGGAUCCCUAA